UAAUUUUUUUUUUUUUUAAAAAGAUCAAUUUUAAAACAUAUAACGUUUGAGAGGAUAGUAACUUUUCAUUAUGAAGAUGAUAAUAUUUUUAUUUUUUGUUUCAUUCAUUUCAAGUGUAUCCGGCAAUGAGGUAUCUCUCAGAUUCAAAGGAAGGAUCAUGGAGUCUUCAAUCCUUCCGGUGACAAUUCGAUGCGAAGAUUACAAAGCAGGUUAUGUUCAUAUUGGUGGAAUUACUAUUAACUACAAACCACUUAAUGCUACUCACCAACAAAAAGCCAAGUUGGACUGCAAUGAGCAAUAUGAAAAGACUUUAAAAGAGGUAAAGAAAAAAAAACAAGCUCACGAAAAAGUUCAAUCUGGUACCAUCUGUGUGCUAACUUUAUUGAAUAGCGAAGUUAAAAGCAAUGAUCUGAUCAGUAUUGUAUAUGACUGCUUUGAUACUAAACCUGCUGGAGCGCCUGCUUGGGGAGUAAAGAACAAGGAGGAAGAAGAAGAAAAUCCAAAAGAAAAAAUCGGAGAAAAUGUUGAAAACCAAAUAAAACUAAGUUGCAAUGAUGAUAAAGAAAUGAUAUUUGCAAAUAAAAUUUUAAAUUCGAAGCAGAUCUCAAAAUUAACUCCAACAAUGGUAUCAAAAAGUUGUCUAAAACAAUGGAAAGAACAAAAGGAGUUAGGAACCCUAAAGAGCCCAUUUUCAUGUUAUAUAAACAAGGAAACAGCAGAAGAUGUUACGAUUACUUAUUAUUGCAUUGCUUCUAAAUCACAACAAAUAAAGGUGAAAGGAUAUUAAAAUGAUGUCGACGACUUUUCAGCUUUUAAAGUUAUGUAAAAGAUUUAAAGAAUAAACUUGAACAAUAAAAUUUUUA